CUUUCUUUAAAACAGAGCGUAUCAAAUUCCAAAUUAUCCAUCGACACAUUAAACAAGCUUUUACUUUUGUCUCUUCAAUGGCGGACUCGCCAGAGAUUUGAUCACAAAAAUUUUGGAGCGAAACGAAACACAGUAUUAUCAUUACACACCAUAUCCAGAGGCCCACGAAAACAGAGCAGAGAGAAGAGAAAUUCAUAUUUCAGAGACAGCAAAAUCCCAGUCAAAUCACUGCAGAAUUUCCUCCCAUCUAUUUUCAUUCGGGUGUCUCAAUUAAUUGCAUUUCAUAAUCCUCUCUCUCUCUCUCUCUCUCUCUCUCUCUCUCUCUGUGUGUGUGUGUGUGUCUUUGUCUCUGUCGAUACAUCUAUGGCGAGAUUCGAUUAACAGAGAUAGCUACGCGAAGAAUCGCGAGUUUCUUGUUGAAAAGAGAGAUGGAUUUGAGGAAAAUCGUGGUGAUUGUUGAGGACGUUGAAGUAGCAAGAACAGCGUUGAAAUGGGCGCUUAAUAACCUAAUGCGCUAUGGCGAUUUGAUUACUCUUCUUCAUGUAUUUCCUUCUACAAGAUCCAAAAGUAGCUCCAAAGUUCGUAAUCGCCGAUUGAAUGGCUAUCAAUUAGCCCUAACUUUCAGAGACCUCUGUAACACUUUCCCUAAUACAAAGGUAGAAAUCAUUGUGACGGAAGGCGAUCAAGAAGGUAGAAAGACCGCGGCCAUUGUUAGAGAAAUUGGAGCUUCUGUGCUUGUAGUUGGACUCCAUAGCCAUAGCUUUCUAUACAAGAUGGCUAUGGAGGAAGAAGAUUUAACCAGAAUUUUCAAUUGCAAAGUUCUGGCAAUCAAGCAAGCAACGAACACAGCGGAUCAAGAAUCACAAAAGACCAAGAAUGUGGAAGUUAUAGCUGCAACUACGAACGUCUCAACCAAUAUGGAAUUUUCACAGAUCGAGAUUACCAAAUUACAAGCUCCUGAAACUCCUAUGCAGAAAAUUCCAUACAGAAUUUGCCCCGACCCUUAUGCUAUUAUUUGGAGAUCGAGGAAAUCAACGAGAAGAUGGACUUUGUGACAAACAACCAGACUCAGACCCAGACCUUCUUUAUUUAUCUCAACCUUAGCUUCAUUCAUUCCACUAAUGCUCUUUUCUGUUCUAUCUCUUUCCCACACUUCUUUUUAGACCUUGCCAAUAAUGGAGUUUUUUUUUUUUUUUUGUCAUUGUCAACAACAACGUAUGCCCUUGUACACCACACAUCCAGAGUAGAUGAAAAAGAAGUGCACUACAAUUGUAAUCCAUUUUAUCUGAUAUAUAUAUAUAAGUUUUGCAGUUUUUCUUUC